AUGGCAGUGAACGUGUACGCCACGUCUGUGUCCAUUGACAACCUCAGCCGACAUGACAUGCUGGCAUGGGUCAACGAUUCCUUGCAUCUCACCUACACUAAGAUUGAACAGCUCUGUUCAGGAGCGGCAUACUGCCAGUUCAUGGACAUGUUGUUUCCAGGUUGUAUCCUUCUGAAGAAGGUCAAAUUUCAAGCCAAGCUGGAGCAUGAAUCUAUACACAACUUCAAAGUUCUGCAGGCAGCCUUUAAAAGGAUGAGCGUUGACAAAAUUAUUCCCGUUGAAAAGCUUGUAAAAGGGAAGUUCCAGGACAACUUUGAAUUCGUGCAGUGGUUCAAGAAGUUCUUCGAUGCCAACUAUGACGGGAAGGAGUAUGAUCCUUUACUAGCCAGACAGGGGCAGGACGUGGCCCCCGCCCCCAACCCAGGUGAUCACUUUAUCCACAAACCAAAGAGAAACCCAGGACCACAGAGGACAUCUCCAACAGUUCCCAAAAACAUGCCAACACCACAGCGGGUCCAACACAACACUCCGGCUAUGAGGAAGAAUCCAUCUUUGUCUAGAAAUGGGGGCAGUGAUGCUGAGAUCCUGGAGCUAAAUCAACAGCUGAUGGAGUUGAAGUUGACUGUCGACGGACUAGAGAAGGAGAGAGACUUCUACUUCAGCAAACUACGGGACAUUGAGCUGAUCUGCCAGGAACAUGAGAGUGAAAACAACCCCGUCCUCAGCAGGAUAAUCAACAUUCUCUACGCAACAGAGGAAGGCUUUGCGCCUCCAGAGGAUGAUGACCUCGAUGAACAAGCUCACCUGGACCAAGAUGAAUACUGAACCCUUUGUGUCCCCCCACCCUCAACAUCUUCAUCUUCCCUUUUAUUUUCUUUAUGCCCUCAUUUGUUUUCUUCUCUCUCUGCACGCUCUAUAAAUACUCACCAUUAUCCCUGCUCUCUAUCUUUUUUCCCCUUUCUUUCUCAUAUGUAUAUCUGUUUAUAACCUUCCCCCAUCAGCCCUCUGGCCGUCUACAUACUACUGUGUAAACAACUACUCUGCAUCAUCAUUCGCUGCUCCUCCCUGCCUCCACUUACACAGCAACUAUAACAGUAAUGUAAAACAUAUCCCAGUUAUUUCAGCAUGAGUAACGCAGAAAAUCGAGCCGAGCCUGACAUGGAGGUUGUUACGGCAAACAGUGAAUUUUGAGUCUGUAAAUAUUACCGACAUUGUGAUUUUUGAGAGAAAAAUGUCUUAUGGCUUAUGGCUCAUUAUGGAGUUAUUUAUUGGCCUUUGGUGUGCUGUGGUACAGAACAGCACUGCUCCAACAAGCCAUCAGAACACUCCCAGAGCUACUAAAAGUAUAACAAAAGUGACUUUUUAAUAACAAUUUCUUAUUUAUUUAACUUAUAUUUCAUUUAGAUUAACUUUAUGUAGCAAAAUUGAUGCAAACCCUACUGUACAUGAAUUGAAAUAAAGAAAGAAGUGUUAUUUCAGUUAUGGUUUGUGCUUGAGUCAGCAUCAAGCUUUUAGUUUCUGUCAUGGUGGGUUCAUGGCAUGUAGAAAUGCUGAGGGAAAUUCUAUGGUGUAAUGACUCAAGUCAUAUGAUCAAUGCUCUGCGAUUAUUCAUUAUUGAUCAGCAACAUAUCUGAGCAUGAGAAUGUUACACAUUGACUGUGAAUGACUGAUAUUUUGUAAAUGUGUUUUGUGUGGAGAUUUUGUCUGAUGUCGCACGAUCCUGGUUUAUUGCUUUGUAUCUUUUAGGCCGACAGGCAGAAGCCUAUAAGUGUAACAUUUAGAGGCAGAAAGCCACCUGCAGACUGACAACAUGGUUAUAGAUUGUAGCAGCUCUAAUGUUUUACUCUAAAAUAUAAGGGAGCCUGACACUGAAUUAAUACUGAAUUAAGACACAUUUUCUCAUGACAACUUUAAUCAUGUUUUUCCUGCUAAUCAUACUGUGUUUACACUUUUCAUUUGCUGUUAAGGGUUGCCCGGACGUAUGAGUUGUAGUUUGGAAGAAAGUCAGUAUAAAGAGAUCUGUGACCAGUCAACUGGUCAUCAUUAGCAUCCAGUUAAACCAAUAAGUCUCCUUGUCCUUCCCUCCCAGCUAUUUUUACUUUGCAAACUGCCUGUCCUCUGCUCUAGAACUUGCAUUCACUGACCAUGUAAACAUCUACAGAACACUCAUCUUUUGAGUUUUGAAUAAAUAAACAGUUGUGAAAAAAAU